UAGAUGGCAAGUGCCAGCCCCAAAAAUUAAAGCCUGUUACCAGGGUGGUCAUGAGAACGAAACAUGGACCGCACUUUUUUUUUUUUUAAUCACGUGAUUUAUUAUCUCACGUCUUCUUUUUUUUUGUUACGUAGUUAUUUAUUAUCACCAACCUACCAAAACGGACUUCCUCUUGCUACAAAAUAUUGGACAGUGCAACUGACUGAGAAAUCCGUUCCAACACGGUCAGCUUUAUUUAAAACUUGGAUUUAUGUAAUCUAGUCAGGUUUUAAACUCAGGUUCUGUUAUUCAUCAUUCACAAAGAUACCAGUAUCAUCAGACAUUUAUAACAAUCUAAGGUCAGCAGAACUAAGAACACGGAAAUGUUUCGAUCACCCUGUCGGAUUCUGUUUAUCUGCGUAGUCGUGUUUAUCUCUGCAGUUUCAGACCAGAAAAUCAUCACAGUUCCGUCUGGACAGAACGUCACUCUGAGAUGUCGAGCUCCAAGCAACAACAUCAUAGUUGUAGAGUGGAGCAGAGCUGACCUGGGAAAAGAAUGUGUCCUUAUGUAUCGAGAUGAGCUUUUUGUUCCUGAUGACCAGCAUCCAUCUUUUAAGAAUCGGGUGGAUCUGCAGGACAGACAGAUGAAGGAUGGAGACGUGUCUCUGAUUCUGAAGAAUGUGAUGAUUAGUGAUACUGGAACAUACGAGUGUCGCGUCUUCAGAAAAACAAACCGCAGGAAGAGAGCUCAUCUGAAGACUCCCCCCAUCAGCAUUAUCACACUGAGUGUUGUUGAUCCUCCAGGUCAGACAGGAGGAAGAAGAGAGGGUGGAGACAAUGGAGGGCAUCCUGGACUUGUAGCAAGUCGGUCCUUUUUGGUGCUGCUUUUGUUGUUGUUGGGAGUUAAUUUGGAGUUGAUUUUAUGAUCAAUAGAAGAACAAAAAGAAAACAUCAAGACAAAAACUUUAAGAAAAAUCAGGUCAAAAUUCAUAGCAUUAUAUUUAGUCACAAGAAAUUUCACUAAAUAUUCAGUUCAAAAGAAAUUUUGGGUGAUUUCAAGGAAAACAUGCCAUCCACUGAAAAUAACUGGAAACGUUAGUGAUGGAAAAUAUGUUAAAAUGAUCUAAUCUUAAGACAACUGCAAAAAAGAAAGUUCAAAGAUCAACACAUCAGAUUUAACCAGCUUGUUUAAACAGUCUGAUCACAUAUGUGACAGAUGGAUUUCAGCCUGAGAUUAGUCAUUAAGUAACAUCUCACAUCAUCACUCAUCUCAGAGAUCAUUGCAUCAUUUUCAUUGCAAUGAGUGAGUCAGCUGUUUGUAAAAUCAAACUUGUUCUGUGACGUUCGAACAACACAAACUGAUCCUCGUGUAGAGAUCAGCUGUUAUAGUAUAAUUACACACAUGUACUGAAACAAGUGAAGAAAAUGAAGACAAAAACGCUGUCUGUGAUGACAUCAGUGUAGCUGGAGUGUUCUGUAUUAUGAAGCCAAUGAGAGAAGUACGUUCGACUUAACUCCAAAGGGAGCUCAUAUCAUUUUAAUUUAACUUUCAAGAGCUUUUCACAUAUUGUUGAUUCAUCUCCUUUAAUAUAAUAAAAUGCUUCAUCAUUAAAAGUUCCCCAUUGUGUGAGUCUGUCUGUUCAUUGCUAAUAAAGUUUUGCGUAAUAUUUUUAUUG